GGGCACCACGAGGAGGAGGGUCUGGCCAGGAAAUGGACCCGCCAGCGUUCCCAGACCACCUCUGCCAGCAACCAGAGGACGCAGCGCCCACCUUGCUCGCGGCGCGCUGGCCCUAGGAGGGGGCGCGGACAACGCGCGGGGUAACUGCGCCCGGCACUCUGGCCCUUCACCGCGCAGGUUAAGGACAAAAUCCUGGCACCUUUUUCUCUUCCUGAGUGGGUGUCUCAGAAGAUGUGGGCUCAGCUGAUUUGAGUUCAACUAAAGUAAGAAUCACCCCUCCACCUGCAGUCCCAAAGGCCCACUGGGGAGGAAGAGGGGAUCUCUGGCCCUGGAGAAAGGAAGACUCCCCACUGCAGGGGCUUACCCACCACCCAGGAGGCCCAGCUUUUGGUACAGCUUGAGCCGCAGCCAGCGAACAAGAUGGCUGUAGAGAGACCGGCCCGGUCCCUGAGCCGGUGAGGGGCGAGGCGCCCGGCGCCCUGAGGCCCAAAGAUGGGGAACGUCACUGCAGAGAACAGCUCGCUGUGCGCCAUUGACCACACCAUCCACCAGACUCUGGCCCCGGUGGUCUACGUCGUGGUGCUGGUGGUGGGCUUCCCGGCCAACUGCCUGUCCCUCUACUUUGGCUACCUGCAGAUCAAGGCCCGGAACGAGCUGGGCGUGUACCUGUGCAACCUGACCUUGGCCGACCUCUUCUACAUCUGCUCGCUGCCCUUCUGGCUGCAGUACGUGCUGCAGCACGACCACUGGUCGCACGGGGACCUGUCCUGCCAGGUGUGCGGCAUCCUCCUCUACGAGAACAUCUACAUCAGCGUGGGCUUCCUCUGCUGCAUCUCCAUCGACCGCUACCUGGCCGUGGCCCACCCCUUCCGCUUCCACCAGUUCCGCACGCUCAAGGCGGCCGUGGGCGUCAGCGCGCUCAUCUGGGCCAAGGAGCUGCUGAGCAGCGUCUACUUCCUCAUGCACAAGGAGGUGGUGGAGGACGAGGACCGGCACCGCGUCUGCUUCGAGCACUACCCCCUGGAGCCAUGGCAGCGGGGCAUCAACUACUACCGCUUCCUCGUGGGCUUCCUCUUCCCCCUCUGCCUGCUGCUGGCCUCCUACCGGGGCAUCCUGCGGGCCGUGUGCCGCAGCCACGGCACCCAGAAGAGCCGCAAGGACCAGAUCCAGCGGCUGGUGCUCAGCACCGUGGUCAUCUUCCUGGCCUGCUUCCUGCCCUACCACGCUCUGCUGCUCGUGCGCAGCCUCUGGGAGGCCAGCUGCCAGUUCGCCAAGGCCGUCUUCAACGCCUACCACUUCUCCCUGCUCCUCACCAGCUUCAACUGCGUGGCCGACCCCGUGCUGUACUGCUUCGUCAGCGAGUCCACGCACCGGGACCUGGGCCGCCUCCGGGGGGCCUGCCUGGCCUUCCUGAGCUGCGCGGGCCCCGGCCGCGCCCGGGAGGCCUACCCGCUGGGCGCCGCCCAGGCCUCGGGGAAAGGCGAUGAGCCCGAGCUGUUGACCAGGCUCCACUCGACCUUCCAGACGCCGAACUCGCCCGGAGCCGGGGGGUCGCCCGCGGGCGGCGUGGCCUAGCCGGGGGUCUCGCCGUGGGGGGGCAGGGGCCUCCUUCUGCCAGAGGGAACCAUGGGCCGCGGCCCGCGCGGCAGGACCUCUCUGGUCCCGGGGAGCCCGCUCCAGCUUGCUGGGCCCGGCGGGGAUGAGCCCUGUCGGUUCCUGGGGGUUGUCUGGUGCGGGCGGGGCUUCUGGCGAGGGGAAGACGGCCAGUUGUCACCUCCACGGGGUUCUCGAAG